GAGUCGGAGCGCAUGCGCAGUCGUUCUUCCUCAGGCGGCCGACAUGGCGGGACAGGAGGAUCCGGUGCAGCGAGAGAUCCACCAGGACUGGGCGAACCGGGAAUAUAUUGAGCUCAUCACCUGCAGCAUCAAGAAAAUCGCGGACUUUCUCAACUCGUUUGAUAUGUCUUGCCGUUCAAGACUUGCUACACUAAACGAGAAAUUGACAGCCCUUGAGCGGAGAAUAGAGUACAUUGAAGCACGGGUGACAAAAGGUGAGACACUCACCUAGAAGUGCCGCCAUGCUUCCGGGAAGUUGCUGUUCGGAACCCAGGCGGCGUGGGAAAGGCCCGGCAGCUUCUGCUCCUCCUCCUCCUCUCCUUAACGAGCAACGGGCCUUUCUCUUGUUUUUCUUUUUUCAAAAGUGUGGCCUUUGGGUGCUGCCAUGUACAUCGGGGAGCGUGAUGUGGUGGGGUCUCUGGGAAACAGCACUAGGGGCUUGUACCUUUUCAGUCAUGUUUCAUGGAGCUAUUGUUAAAUGUCCUUGAGGGGCUGAGCCAGAAGCCUGGGACGCUUCGUGCAGCUUCUCGCACUUCUCCCUCCCCCUCUCAGAUUUCCCUUCCAGCUCUCGUUGCCUCUGCACUGAUUCCAUCCACAGUCCCAGUCCUAGUCUCCUCCCCACCCGCGGUGGGCGGUGGGCGGUGGAGGUGGGGCAGUCCUGGCUGAGAUUCCCAGGCCCUGGCACUGGGACUGCCAGGGAAUGCUGUUGCCAGCCCACCGGUUUCUUGUUUAAGGUCCCUGACAGGCCCUGUGUGGCUUGAGAGGGACAUUUUCAAAGUUUUCUGUCACUCGGGGUGCCUGUACCUCUCCUAUUUCCCCAAUAAACUCAACUCUAUCUGA